UUUUAGUCGGUUGAUAUUGAACCAAGAAAAAAAGUUCUCAGUGCUUUCAGUGCUUCAAACAAAACUUCAUAACGGUGUUAUAUGGCAUAACUUUCAGAUUCAUAACGGAUUUGUUUGCGGCGAUGGUAGAGAUUCAAGCGGCAUAUGAACGCUAAUAAAGCGGCCCUUUAAAUUUUAUGACAAAUUUCAUAGUUCAUAUUGCGAACGUAUUUUAUUUAUAAUUUGCAUAAAAAAUUGUUAUUCCAUCAUUUUGACCAAUUUUAAACUGAUCCAGUGCUUUGCUUGAAAUCAAAACAUCACAUCACAUCGGUGCCCCAAAAUUAAACAUGAGUUCGGGCCAUUUGACGUCAACAUCGGUCUUAUUAAAAGUUUGCCAAAUUGUUGUUGGAAUUACUUGUUUUGGCCUCUUUAUUAGCAGCUUUUACAAAUUGAGCAAAAAUCUCGAACCUGAUUCCAAUCCAGAUUUCACUUUUGUAACGGGAUGGAUUCUAUUCUCGGAUAUAACAGUUGUAAUGUUCUUGAUUCACUCAAUCAUUUCGAUUAUCUCGAUUGUUGGUUUGGGUUUAGUUAUUGAUGAUGUGGUUUAUAACGUAAUUGCCGUUAUUUUUUAUGAAAUCGCAUCAAUUGGACUUUUAGUUCAUGCCAAUUCCACCGCCUACAAAAGUUAUUAUGAAAAGACAUCGGUCCAUGGUACAUUAAUUGCUGCUGGAAUCAUCGGCAUUUUGAACGGAUUACUUUAUGCUGCAAGUGUACUUUUUCGCAAACCAGCUACGACUGGAUAUAAACUAAUCAACUGAAAAUUUCAAGCAUUAUGAAUCAUUCUUAUCACUAGAUGUUUCCAUAAACACCCGAUUAUGGGUUUUCGAUUAAGCUUAAUGAAAACGAUAAUGAAUCCACAAAAAAACAGUUCAGAGUGCGAUUUUUGGUGAAUUUCUUCGGUUUUGCGUAUAAUAUCACAUUGAAAACAAUUUGUUUCGAUGAUUCUUUUGAUCGUAUCAACUUUGC